CUUCCUUCUGACGUAGAGGCAUGAUGGCUGCUGCUGCUAACGGGAUUCCCCUGCGGAGGAAAGAGAUCCUUUUUCUCCUGCGCAGCACAGUGCGGAUGUUUGCUUCGCAGACUGAUGGAGAAGCCAGGGUGGCACAAGUCCUUAAAGAGAAGUUCCCUCAAGCAGCAACUAUCAAAGUGGUGGAUAUAUCAGGUGGCUGUGGAGCAAUGUAUGAAAUUCAUAUAGAAUCUGAAGAGUUUAAAGAAAAGAGAACUGUUCAACAGCACCAAAUGGUCAAUCAGGCUUUAAGUGAAGAGAUUAAAGCAAUGCAUGGACUACGGAUAUUCACUUCUGUUCCCAAGCGCAGAGACUAGGGCUGGUGAAUGGUGCACAGGAUUUAUGGAACCGGGAGGUGGUGGAAGUGCAGAAUCAGUGCUUGGAGGACAUGCAGGGCUGGCUGAGGAUGAACAAACUGAAACUUAAUCCAGACAAGAUGGAAGUACUGUGGAUUGGGGGGUAAUGCUGAUAUGGGAUUGUUCUGGAUGAAGGGUUGCACCCUCUCUGAGGUUUGCCAUUUGGAAAUACUCCUAGACUCUUCUGUGUUCCUUGAUAAAUAACUGAUGGAGGAAGCCAGGAAUACUUUUUGUCUGUUUAGGUUGGUUUGCAGAGUCAUAAACUCAUGGAUAAUGUCACAUUACUAUAACAUGUUGCAUUAUUCAGAAUCUUCAGCUGGUACAAAAUGCAGCAGCCAGAGUGCUAAGUGGGAUCUGCUGCAAUGAACGCAUUAAAACCAUACUGUGCCGACUGUGUCAGCUCCCAGUUUAUUUCCAGACCCCAUUCCAAGUGUUGGUUUCAACCCUUAAAGCCCUAAUUAGGGCAGGUCCCAAGUACCUGAUGGACCGCUUUCACCCAUACAAACCAGCUCAAGUCAUCUCUCACGAACCCAUUGUUCCAGAGACCCAAUUAUCAGGGACAUCUGGGAAGGCCUUUGGGUUCUGCCCCAAGACACUCUCUCCCUGCAAAGGUGCAGGCCUUCCACAGGAAUUUGAAGACACAUUCAUUCCAGAAGGCCUUUAAUGAUACUUAAUGAUUUUUAUUUUGCCAGAGGUUAGAAAUGGGCUUUAUUCUUUCUGCUUUUAUUUAAUUUUAAAGUUAUUUUUGUAUUCUAUAUUUUUUGUAAGCAGCUUUGUUUGUGUGUGUUUAACAGAAAAGGAGGAUACAAGUUUUCUAAAAUAAUAAAAUAUUAAAACCAUA